AUGGCGACAACAAGGAAAUACGAGAACGGCGUGAUGGUGUUCGACACAAGCUUGCUGAAACAGCAAGAGAAGAUGCCGAGCGAGUUCGUGUGGUCGGCGGAAGACUUGACGGAGACGACGAGGGAGGAUCUGAAGGAGCCACUGAUAGACUUGAGCGAGUUCGCGAAAGGCGACGAGGAAGCCAUGGCUAGGGCUUGCGAGCUGGUUAGAGAGGCGUGCGAGAAGCACGGGUUUUUCCAAGUGACCAACCAUGGCGUCGAUCCUCUUCUGAUUCAAGCGGCUUACGACGAGAUAGGGCCCAUCUUCAGUCAGCCUCUUGACGUGAAGCUGAAUGCGAAAAGGAAGCAAGGUAGUGUUCAGGGCUAUUCUGGGGCUCAUGCUGAUCGAUUUAAAACCAAUUUGCCAUGGAAGGAGACUUACUCCUUUGAAUAUAGCAAUCAAGGUUCUGAUUCCCACAUCAUUGAGCAUUUCAAGUCUGCCUUCGGAGACAACCUUGAUAAACAUACUGGGGAGGUGUAUCAGAGGUUCUGUGAAGCGAUGAAGAAUCUGUCUGAAGUGAUACUGGUGGUGUUGGCGAUGAGUUUGGGAGUGGAACGAUCAUACUUGAAGGAGUUUUACAAAGACGGAGGAGGCAUCAUGAGAUGCAACUUAUACCCACCAUGCAACAGUUCAAACCUGACCAUGGGCACUGGUCCUCACAGUGACCCAACCAGUGUCACCAUUCUUCAUCAAGAUCAAGUUGGUGGUCUUGAAGUCUUCAUCGAUAACAAGUGGCUCGCCGUUCGCCCUCGACCCGAGGCCUUUGUCAUCAACGUCGGCGACACUUUCCAAGCGUUGACAAAUGGGAAAUACAAGAGCUGUCUGCACAGGGCAUUGGUGAACAGGGAGAAAGAAAGGAGAUCAUUGGUGUACUUUGUUAUUCCAAAGAAAGACAAGACGGUGAAGCCACCUGAAGAAUUGAUCAAAAAAGAGGAAGAGAGGAAGUACCCUGAUUUCAAAUGGUCUGAUUUCUACACUUUCACUCAAUACCAUUAUCGUCCUAAUACCCAUACUCUUCCCAACUUCAUCCAAUGGUUUCUCUCUUCCAAUAAUCAUUCUGCUGCUGCUGCUAAUUAG